UUUUUUUUUUUUGAAACUAAGUUAUUAUAAAGAAAGAAAAGAAAAUCAUUUGAAAGCUGUUGAGCUGAAGACUCUUACUUUCAAUCAUGAAAAUAUUCACUUCUUGUGAUAGAUAUAUAUGUCAUCAACGAUUUUAGUGACUCCAUGAAACUUGGCCUAUUUGGGAAAUAGAAUUUUUUUGUUUUUACAGUUGUAUUUUACUAGAAAUAUAUAACUUUAUUGACAAUUUAGUACACUCUAUGGAUCGAAUGCACUUUUUGGGAUUUAUAAUACAUUGGCAGUGAAUUACAAUCAUUACCUACAAAAGCAAUGAGGAAAGAGGAUUCCAAGGCAGUAUUAAAUAAAAUCUCUCUGUACUUUCACUGUCCAGGUUGCAAUUCCUUGCCGAAUUGGCCUAUUACUCUUCCUUGUGGAGGAACAGUUUGUCGGGAUUGUUUUCGAGAUUCCUAUACAUAUAGUGGUGCGAACGAUCAUAUUACACUUGUACCUUCAAAGACAUGUCUCUAUAAACAUCUACGACCUCAUUAUUCUGUUGAGACGGAGACAAAAGAUGUCACGUUAGCCAAAGUGAUCGAUUGGAUUCAAUCCACUCAAGAGAAGCUUGAGCAGAUGCAGACAUCGCCAUUGAAUGAUUCAAUAUACUCGGAAAAUAGCAAAGAGGUAGUAGAGUUUUAUACAUCCAAGAAUACCUCCUCAAAAACGCUAUGGUCUGGAGUAAAUAUGAAAGAAGAAGCGAUCCAAGACUCUCCAACGAAUCGGUCAGAUCUAAGUCUACCAGAUAUUCGAAAAGUUGAUCCAAAACUUAACAUACAAGAGGCCUUGUCAAUAGAGUUGGAGUGUCAGAUUUGUUUUGGUAUGCUGUACGAUCCAGUCGUGACACCAUGUGGACAUACUUUUUGUGGUCCUUGUAUCAUGCAAGCACUGACUCAAUCGCCCCAAUGCCCUACUUGUCGAUCGCUACUUCCCUCUCCCGUAGUUUUGGAGCAUGCGAAAAGUCGUUGUAUAAGUGCCUUCCUUCAAGACUACUACCCGGUUCAUUGGUUGGAGCGGCAAAAGAGCUGGGAAGAGGAGAAGGAGCAAGAGAGCUGGCUUCCUUUAUUCAUAUGUAUGGUGGCAUAUCCACGUAUGCCUACAUUUCUCCAUAUUUUUGAGCUUCGAUAUCACAUCAUGAUAAAGAAAUGUUUAGAAUCAUCAAAACGUUUUUGUAUGGCAAUGCCGUUGCGGCCUCACAAUGAUGGUCGCAACGAGCAUCGUGAAUUAAGGAACGCUCGAGGUCAGCGACUCUUUUGUUCAGAGUAUGGAACAAUUCUCGAGAUUAUGCAAGUAGAACCAUUAAUUGACGGCCGUAACUUAGUGGAGGCUCGAGGCUCGUAUUCUGUCCGUAUUAUCGAUUUUCGAGCUGAUGGAUUAUUUCCUAGAGUGAAAAUUGAGAAGCAUUUUGACACACCCCUCCGAGCUACCCCUUUACAAUUUCCGGAACCAGAGUAUUUAAUGAUGUAUGGGCAUUUAAGCAAUGAAGAGCUCGUCAAUAGGGUCGAUGAUUUUUAUAUGAAUGCGAGACGUACCUAUGUUCAUUGGGUAGUUCCCUUGAUUGAUAUUAAAGCAGAAGCGCGUAACUCAAUUUCCGAUCUUUCUUACAAAAUUACAAAUCUCCUUCCUAUUUCCGAGCUAGAGAAGACAAGGAUCCUUCAGGUUGACAAUCCAACCGAUCGGCUGGUUCUUGUGUUGAUUUGGCUUACACAACUUCAAAAUAGCUGGUGGUACCGAAUCGGAAGUGCCUGUACAAUUGCAUAGCAAUAUCAAAUCUAAUUUUGAUCUUUAAUUUUUGGGGAUUCGCCUUAUGCUUGUAGAACUGGCUUAUCCAACACCUUUACCUCGUCCUACAAGUUUUAAUUAGAAACGCAAUGUUCAUGGAUCAGUCUUUUGUUCUUUUCUUUUUAUGAUAUGACGACGUGGUUGCCGCUGUUUGGUAUGAACACUUAUUCUGUAUUUGAAAUAAUGGAUUUAUCUCCUAUGCUAUUUAUUAUUCCUACGACUUUAAUUUAAAUUUUUCCCACUUGCGACUACAUCGCUAUUUUGCUUUUUCUUGAUUGUUAGAAGAUUUCCUAAGGAAUCGACAUGUUGUUACAAAAUUCCUUACUCAUUAUACCGUCCAUGUGGCCGUACAUCUUACUGCUAUGUCGAUGAGCAUGAAAUAAUGCUGUCUUAAUAUUGAAUGAGUUAUGAACCACACUCAUUAUGAUGUUUGUGUCUACAGAAUGAUAGAUGGUAAAUUCUCGGAUAGCACUUAGGCCAACUUUUGGCAAAAGCAUUCUGUAUAUUCCUUAAAUAAGAGGGAAAAGGUUUCAUAGUUUUAUAAUAUUUUGUUCUAGCUACCUUUAAAUGAUAGUUUACAGCAUACGG